AAAAUUAUUACCGAGAACAUGUGAAAGAAAUGUUUUUUACUGAGCUACGAGGUUACGUCAAUUUAUGAGAGAGGAGUAGACGUCAGUCUGCAGACAACAUCCAACAUGGAAAGUUCAAAAUAUAACGGAUACCAAGAUUUCGAAUGGGAAGUAAAACUAAAUCGUUUUACUUUAAAUGUGAUUGGUCUCUGGCCUUGGAUUGCACAAAAUUUUCGACAAAGGUUAAUGUGCAAUUUACGAGUACUUGUCGCUCUAUUGGCAAUAACAUGUGGCGUUCUGAUUCCAUCUAUACAUUCAUUAAUAAGAAUUUAUGGAGACAUCAUGCUAAUGAUAGACAAUUUGCAAUUUACUUUACCGGCUAUAAGCUGUUCGAUAAAAAUCGUAAUUUUUUGGUGGAAAAGAGAAGCUCUCGUACCGAUCAUGAAUAUGAUCCUGGAGGAUUGGUUAAAGUUAAAAAGUGUGCAAGAAAAAAACUUAAUGAUCAGGAGAGCACGAAUUUCACGCAUUAUUAUUAUAUUCUCAUAUUGCAUAAUGGGAACAGCAUGCGUUUUUGUUAUCAUUCUACCCAUCUUUGGAAUAUCGAUGAGAACUACGACCAAUAUUACUGAUCCAGGCAAACCAUUGCCUUUACAAACUCAUUACAUUUACGAUGUAACAAAAAGUCCACAGUAUGAAUUGACAUUUAUUAGCCAAUCUAUUUAUAUUAUUGUUGCUAUGAUGUCCUAUAGUGGAAUUGAUAAUUUUCUUGGACUACUGGUUUUCCAUAUAUGUGGUCAGUUAGAUAUUUUGAAGAAUCGUUUAACAAGUUUUGAUAAAUAUAUAAACUCUCACGAGAUACUAAAAAGUUGUAUAACAAGACAUAUCCACUUGCUUAGAGCUAUUGACAUUAUUGAAGAUGCGUAUAAUGUAAUUCUUCUUUUCUUAUUUGUAUAUUUUGCGAUGCACUUUGCUUUUUAUGGUUUCAUGAUCAUUUCUCUAUUUGAUGAAGGAAAUGAUAUAUCACUCUCUCAUUUGGCAUACUUUGUAUCCACUGUAAUUAAUAUAUUUGCACAUAUGUGCCUAUAUUGCGCUGUUGGUGAGAUUUUAGUUGCCGAGUGUAAUAAAAUAUAUUAUGCGGCAUAUAGUAAUAAAUGGUACGCUAUGAGUCCACAAGUACUUCGAAGCAUAUUGUUUCUAAUGAUAAGAGGCUCUAAACCGGUCAAUCUUACUGCUGGAAAAAUAUUUCCUCUAACGAUGACAACAUUUUGCAGUUUAUUAAAAACAUCAGUUGGAUAUGUAUCGGUUUUGCAUACAGUAAGAAGUUAAUACUAAAGUGAGGUAAACUUGAAUUUUUCUUUAUAAUCAAAUUUUUGUAAAAAACGAAAGUAACUAUAAUAACUAUAUAAGUAUUAAUAUCUAAUUGCUAAUUAUAGAUUUUAUUAUAGGAAUUUAUUGAAAAUAAUUACGAAUUUUAUUAAAUAAUAGAUGAAAUCUGGAAUUAAAUUCAAACCUGAAUCAUGUAAUCCGUAAAUAUUUAUUUUUCUAAAACAUUGACUAUCUCUCAUGUCAUUUAAUAUUAAUAAGGGAUAAUUAUUUUAAUUUAGCAUUUUUGAAAUUAAUUAAGGAACAGCUUUUAAUGUUUAAAAAGUUUU